GCAGUGUGGGGCCCAGGACCAAGGAGGUGCUGGGGGAGGGCUGAGCCACUUUCCCAGGGGGAGCAACCUUGCGAUCAGCACCCCGGGGAGCCACGGGCCUGUGGCUACUCCUGCCUGCAGCCUGACGCGUGCUGUCCCUGUCCUGAUGGUCAGCAGCAGCCCGGUGUUACCAGCAUGCGGCUCAGGUGCUGGUGCCCAGGAGUUCUCAGUGCUCUGUGCCUGAAGCCCUGGCCCGUGUCCAGGACAGGGCCCUGGUUCCCGCUCUGGACAGGCUGGGCCACGCUGGCUUGAGGUGCUCAGCGGGAGGCUCCCCUGCCUCCAUCCCAGAGGACCCCUGUGUCCACCUCCUACAACUCCAGGGAAGAAGGGCUGGAACAGAGCAGGAGGGGCAGCAGAGGGUGGCAGUGCUGGGGUGGGGCCUGUGGUAGGACAGGAGGCUGCACCCCCGGGAGUCUCAGUUCAGGUCAUGGCAGGGGCAGCCCCGGAGUGUGGGGACAGGUCUAUGUGGGGCUCCCUAUGCGACCUUGUGUUCUAAGAAAGAGGCCUUCACAGUUGGGCUGUAAUACAAUUGCAGAGGCAGAAAGGAGGGGCAGGAGGUGCCGGUUGCCUGGGACUUGGGACCAUUACGGCAGGUGGCAGAGGGCCCUGGCACCCCUGGUUCCGGGGCAGUUCUGCCAGAGCCCUGCCCUCUUCACCUGGGCCCUGGGGAGAACACAGGCCCCACUUGUGGUGACCUUUAAUGAAGCCAGGCCUGAGGACCCUGAGCCCUGCCACAGCAGAGCCACUAGGGAUUGGCUGGCAGGCUUCUGUGAUGUCACAGUCACUGAGAUGCGCACUCUGGGCUGGGAGGCGACCAGAGGCCAGUAGUGCGUCUACUGCCCAACUGACCAGUUGGUAGUGUAGGCAGCAGGCGCAUUUCAGAGAAUCACAUGGAUUCGCGAUGGAAGUGCCCGCCUGCCUGGCUGUGUGGCUGCCCCACCUCUGACCAGGGGGACAGCCCUCAAAGCAGCAUUCCUGUGGGCUCCCCAGUGCUGGCUCCCAUGUGCGUGUGUGUCUUACAGAUUGGAUAUGAACGCCCUGAGGUCCCGGAGGGCCCAGGAGCGAGCAGAGCUCAUCAAUAAAUAUGAGCAGGGACGCCGAGGAGCGGCACUGUUGGUGCCCGAAGAAGAGGACGAUGAGGGCGGCUGCCUCGUCCCAGACAGGCUUGGGUUCCUGCAUGAGCAGAAGCUGCCCCAAGACAGCACCCCGGGGGCAAAGCGUAAACAGGAGGUAAGAAGGAUCCAGAAGUGGAUAAAGAUGAUCAAGAACCAUAGUAAAUACCGCGGCAGUGACAAGUUUCAGCGCAGAAUCUACAAAGGCAUCCCUGCCCAGGUGCGCGGGAAGGUGUGGGCCGUGAUGCUGGAGGUGGACAAGAGGAAGGCCCAGAACCCGGGCAAAUACGCGGAGAUGAAAGAGCUGGCCAGGCUGGGCGCCACUCACUUCCAUCACAUCGACUCCGCCAUCGCAUGGACUUUCAGAAACCACCUCAUGUUCCGGGAACGUUACGGAAUGAACCAACAGGCCUUAUUCCACAUACUGAUGGCCUAUUCCGUCUACAAUCCCGAGGUGGGCUACAGCCAGGGUCUGAGCCAUGUGGUGGCGCUGUUGCUCAUGUAUAUGCCCGAGGAGGACGCUUUCUGGGCCCUGGUGCAGCUCAUGGAAAGCAGGAAGCACGCGAUGCACGGUUUCUACAAACCAAACACCCCCAAACUGGAGCGAUUCCAGCAACACCUGGGGCUCAUUGUGCAUCGCGUGCUCCCCUCCCUGGAGAAACACCUGGAGAAGGAGGGUGUGUGCCUGGAGGACUCCACCACCCACUGGUACAUCCAGUGCUUCCUGGAUGGGGUGCCGUUCCCCCUGGCUCUGAGAAUAUGGGAUAUAUACAUCCUGGAGGGCGAGCACGUGCUCCCGGCCAUGGCAUACACGGCCCUCAAGAUCCAUAACAAGCGCCUGCUGAAGAUGCCCCGGGACCACCUCCGGGAGUUCCUGCAGGUGACCCUGAAGCAGGCCUGGUCUCUGAGCGAGGACGCGGUCAUCAGGCAGCUGCGGGCCUCCAUGCGUGAGCUGGGGAAGCUCCAGUGCCUCCUGCCUCCCGAAGCCAAGGCCAUCGAACAGUGCAGCAGGCCCCUGGGGCAGGCACGCGUCCCCCAGAUGCACGUUCCUGCCCCCACUGCUCCGAAGGCCAAAAUCACCAUUCAGGACACAGUGGCAGUGUGGGAGCAGACCAGGGGUCCCGCUACCCGUGCAGUGAUGAUCCGUCCUCCAGGAAGCUUUGGCCUCCGCAUCACCAAGAGGGAAGGCAUGGAGGAGGAGGAGAGCUGGGAAGGCAGCCCAGAGCCCCUCGGCCUGGGCUCCCCUGUGGGGACCGCAGAGUCUCCAGGUUCUGCCAGCCCCACGGAGUCUCCAAAGUGCUCGAGGUGGGGAGGCCUGUGCCAGUGCGCCAGUCUCCCUAACCUGAGCGGGCCAGAGCACAGGGAGGACGACUCCUCCGACGCUGGCAGCCGGGAGGGCCUGUGGAUGUGGGCUCCUCCACAGGCCUCAGAGCCCCCAGAACCAGGGCCCAUGCAGGCUGUCCCCGCCUGGGGGCCACAGCUGAAGACUCCCCCCUACUGGCAUGGCAGCCCCACGCACUCUGGGGACAGUCACGGGCUGGAGCCGGCCAGAGCCAGCCCUGGGAUGGGAGACCAGGCCCGCGUGCCCUCCCUGGCCAGAGGCCUCCUUACCUCUUAUUCUGUGGGGCACCUGGAUGAUGGGUGCCUCCUAGAAGAGAGGCCGAGUCCAGCAUCUGUCCUGCCCAGGCUGGGCAGCAGCCUUCCGUGUGUCUUCACGGCAUCCUAUGCACUUGGUUGAGCCCCCACCGCCCAGGCUCUUCCUGGGGCCAGGACACCCUGACACUGGAAGACAACAGCCGUGCCAGGAGCCACUGUACUCUCCUCCCCGCCCCCUCCCCCACCGCCACCCUCAGGUGGUGCUGAGUCUGUAUUAAAUUGUUCCAUGGAAACGAGUUUGCUCCAGUUUGUGACCCCGGUGCCCAGCGGCAGCAAGCUUCCCCGUGUUCCUGGAGAGCGUAGGCAGCUCCACAGCCCCCAGCCCCAGGCAGAGACCCACUCAGGACCCUGCAGGCAAUGCCUGAGAUUCAGCUGUGCCCUGUGGGAACUGGGUCAGGGUGGGAGAGCAGCAGCUGUGAGUGCCCGUGACCUCUGGGACAGAUCAGCACAAUAGGAACAGCCGUGGUUGGAGGGCCUGUGUCACCUCUGUGCUCUCCCCUAGACCUGGGCGGCCGUGGCUGCAGCAUCCCUGGCUUGACCCCACAUGUCUCUCACAGGUAUGGGAUACCUGUGUCACACUGUAUGUUCCAGGACCUCAGGAAGGAAUUAAAUUCCUGUGGUGUA